UCGAUUACGAACGGGAGCCGAGCAACACGCACCCGAAUCUAGAACAUUUUAAACUUAACCGAAAUCGACGACCGCGGGUGAAGUUAAAUUAUAUUACAUUAACAAGGCCUAGUGAUUCUAGAACAGUGCACGCGUCCAGGAGCUCCGUGUGGCAGUCCCAGCGAAGCUAUAUCGCAUGCACACACACAUCGAUUACGAACGGGAGCCGAGCAACACGCAACCGAAUCUAGAACAUUUUAAACUUAACCGAAAUCGACGACCGCGGGUGAAGUUAAAUUAUAUUACAUUAACAAGGCCUAGUGAUUCUAGAACAGUGCACGCGUCCAGGAGCUCCGUGUGGCAGUCCCAGUAUUUACACAUCGACGUUGCUUCACGCGGAAACGAUGUACCUGCCUAUAUUUCUGUUUGCCUUCGCGUCUCUGAGCGAAGGGAACCGACAAAAAAGAUACCUAGUCUACCCGGACGGAGGCCCAGCGAGAGCUCAGUUCAUCAUUGGUGUCGGUAUACCAGUCGAUUUGAAAGAGGCGUCCGUAACCGUUGGCACUGUAAUCAAAUUCCAAUAUGAUUUACCAACAAACAGUACAGAAUAUACCAGCCGUAUUUACGGAUUUGCUAGUACCGUAUCAAGAGACAUGAAUGGUGAUACACCCGAUAAGAGCGUAAAAAUAGCCGAUGAUGAUACAUCUACUGUAGAGGAUAAUAAUGAAAUCGAAACAUUAAGACAUUUAGAUGAAGAAAAUAGUUUAGACGAUGAGACAGAUAAUGAAAACAAUACAUUGAUCGACAUUACUUUCGAUGACAGACGCAAGAGAUCUUUAAUUUAUUCUGAAGGUGGAAUUUUAAAUGCUGAUGAUGACGAUAGUACAGAAUUGCCCUUAGAAGAAGCUAUACGAAGACAGGAGUUGAUAGACAAAAAUAAUUUAGAAGAAGAAGAAGAGCCUCAGAGAAUGAAUCGAUGGGACUUCUAUAAGAUUUUGGAGCAUAUGGUGGAGAGAUACGGGUACACGGGUCGACCCUGCCUUCUUCGAACAAUCUGCGAGGCUGCCGAGGUUCCCUUUACACACGAGAACGGCUUGCUAGGUGAAAUUGGACAUAUACUAUUCACACCGUCGACAACAAGAGACAGUCUCUCCCAUCAUACCGACAACGAAUAUCAUGCCGCAGAGCGUCUCGGUAGAGAAGCAGGAGGGAAUUGCGAAAAUAUCUUCCCAGAGUGCGAGGGCUCUGUCUUAGAUACGUUCACGAGAAUCGGCGUUGAUACUUUGCAUAAAUUCGGAAUUUUCACUUAGUUUUUUCAUUAACAUAAUAUAAUUGUUUAAUUUUCAAUAAUUAUUCGAUAACGAAAAAUUCAAUUACCCUUUGUCAAAUUGUGACAUUUUGUUGCAUACAAGUACUCGUGCUAGAAUUAAAUCGGCAGCCCAAAUUAUUUCCCGUGUCGACCAAUCCGAGCUUGACACCGAGAAUAAUUAUGUAGAACGUAUGAAUAAAGCAAUUAUGAAUAAG